GCUGGUGCAGUGGACAGGAACGUGUCCAGCCGGCGCUCCUGGUCCCUGCAGAGCCAGCAGCUGGAGCCCAGUGCCUGCCCAGCCCCAGCCCUGCAUCAGCCUGCCGCCUCCCCGCAGAAGCCAUGGGCCCAGGGCCUCUGCUGGUCCUGCUGGUGGCCACAGCUUGGCAUGCUCAAGGGGUCCCCGUGAUAGAGCCCAGUGUCUCUGAGCUGGUCGUGAUGCCAGGCAUGACGGUGACCCUGCGAUGUGUGGGCAAUGGCAGUGUGGAAUGGGAUGGCCCCACCUCCUUCCCACACUGGACCCUGGACCCUGAUGCCCCCAGCAGCAUCCUGACCACAAACAAUGCUACUUUCCAAAACACGGGGACCUAUCGCUGCACUGAGCCCGGAGACCCCCUGGGGGGCAGUGCCAGCAUUCACCUCUACGUCAAAGACCCUGCUCAGCCCUGGAAUUUGCUGGCCCAGGAAGUGACAGUGUUCGAGGGCCAGGAUGCCCUGCUGCCCUGCCUGCUCACCGACCCGGCACUGGAGGCUGGUGUCUCACUGGUGCGGGUGCGUAACCGGCCUGUCCUGCGCCAGACCAACUACUCCUUCUCACCCCGGCACGGCUUCACGAUUCACAACGCCAGGUACCUUGACAACCAGGAUUACCAAUGCAGCGCUCAAGUAGCCGGCAGGAUGGUGACGUCGCUCGGCAUCCGUCUUAAAGUGCAGAAAGUUGUCCCAAGGCCCCCGACUGUGACACUGGAGCCUGCAGAGCUGGUGCGGAUUCGAGGGGAGGCUGCCCAGAUCGUGUGCUCAGCCAGUGACGUUGAUGUUAAGUUUGAUAUCUCCCUCCAACGAGGAAACACCAAGCUCGCAAUCUCUGAACACACCGACUUCCGUGAUAACAGUUACCAGAAAGUCCUGACCCUCAACCUCGAUCAAGUAGGCUUCCAAGAUGCUGGCAUCUACACCUGUGUGGCCACCAAUGCCCGGGGCGCCCACUCCACCUCCAUGGUUUUCCGGGUGGUAGAGAGUGCCUACCUGAACUUGACCUCUGAGGAGAACCUCCUCCAGGAGGUGGCCCUGGGUAAGAAGCUCAACCUCCAGGUCACAGUGGAGGCCUACCCGGACCUACAAGCCUUUAACUGGACCUAUGGGGGACCCUUCUCUGACCACAAACCCAAGCUCAAUUUUGUCACCGUCAAGGAUACAUACAGGUACACCUCCACCCUCUCCCUGCCUCGCCUGAAGCCCUCUGAGGCCGGCCGCUACUCCUUCCUGGCCAGAAAUGCCAGAGGCGAGGAGGCCCUGACCUUUGAGAUCACCCUUCGAUACCCCCCAGAGGUAAGGGUCAUGUGGAACCCCAGCAAUGGUUCUGGAACCAUGCUCUGUGAAGCCUCCGGGUAUCCCCAGCCUAACGUGACGUGGGUGCUAUGCGGGGGCCAUACUGAUAGAUGCGAUGAGGCCCAAGCGCUGCUGGUCUUCGAGGACCCAUACCCCAAGAUCGUGAGCCAGGAGCCCUUCCACAAGGUGACUGUCCAGAGCCUGCUGGUCACUGGGACCUUGGAACACAACAGGACGUAUGAGUGCAGGGCCCACAACAGUGCGGGGAACAGCUCCAACACCUUCCAGCCCAUCUCAGCAGGAGCCAUCAUGCAGCUCUCUGAGGAGCCCCUCUUCACGCCCGUGCUGGUCGCCUGCCUGUCCAUCAUGGCCUUGCUGCUGCUGCUGCUCCUGUUGCUUCUGUACAAGUACAAGCAGAAGCCCAAGUAUCAGGUGCGCUGGAAGAUCAUUGAGAGCUUCGAGGGCAACAAUUACACAUUCAUCGAUCCCACCCAGCUGCCCUACAACGAGAAGUGGGAGUUCCCCCGAAACAACCUGCAGUUCGGUAAGACCCUGGGAGCCGGCGCCUUUGGGAAGGUGGUAGAGGCCACAGCCUUUGGUCUGGGCAAGGAAGAUGCUGUCCUGAAGGUGGCUGUGAAGAUGCUGAAGUCCACGGCUCAUGCAGACGAGAAGGAGGCCCUUAUGUCUGAACUGAAGAUCAUGAGUCACCUGGGCCAGCAUGAGAACAUAGUCAACCUUCUGGGAGCCUGUACCCACGGAGGCCCUGUUCUGGUCAUCACUGAGUACUGUUGCUAUGGCGACCUGCUCAACUUUCUGCGAAAGAAGGCUGAGGCCAUGCUGGGACCCAGCCUGAGUCCAGGCCAGGAUCCGGGUUACAAAAACAUCCACCUGGAAAAGAAAUACGCCCGCAGGGACAGUGGCUUCUCCAGCCAGGGUGUGGACACCUACGUGGAGAUGAGGCCUGUAUCCACUUCUUCUUCAAAUGACUCCUUCUCCGAACAAGACCUGGGCAAAGAUGAGUGGCCACUGGAACUGCGAGACCUGCUCCACUUCUCCAGCCAGGUGGCCCAGGGCAUGGCCUUCCUUGCUUCCAAGAACUGCAUCCACCGGGAUGUGGCAGCCCGAAAUGUGUUACUGACCAGUGGGCGUGUGGCCAAGAUUGGAGACUUUGGACUGGCUAGAGACAUCAUGAAUGACUCCAAUUACAUCGUCAAGGGCAACGCCCGUCUACCCGUGAAGUGGAUGGCUCCAGAGAGCAUCUUCGACUGCAUCUACACGGUUCAGAGCGAUGUCUGGUCCUACGGCAUCCUCCUCUGGGAGAUCUUCUCACUUGGGCUGAACCCCUACCCUGGCAUCCUGGUAAACAGCAAGUUCUACAAACUGGUGAAGGAUGGAUACCAAAUGGCUCAGCCUGCAUUCGCUCCAAAGAACAUAUACAGCAUCAUGCAGGCAUGUUGGUCCUUGGAACCCACCCACAGACCCACCUUCCAGCAGAUCUGCUUCCUCCUUCAGGAGCAGGUCCAAGAGGACAGCGGAGAGCAGGGCUACACUAAUCUGCCAAGCAGCAGCAGCAGUGAUGGUGGUGGCGGCAGCAGUGAGCAAGAGGAGAGCUCGAGCGAGCAGCUGGCCUGCUGUGAGGAGGGGGACGUUGCCCAGCCCCUGCUGCAGCCUAACAACUACCAGUUCUGCUGAGAUGACGACAGGGGAGCACUGCCUGUCCCCUCCUCCGAGCUUCAACUCCUCUGUGGAUAGGGUGCUACGAGAACAUAGACUCUGCCCCUGGUCAUUUCACUCAGCCCAGCCCAGAUCUGAAACUCAGGAGUGUGGGAUCCAUGAAAUAUCUGAGCGCACCACAACUCCAGGGCCUGGGUCAUCACUGCCAGUCAGGGGCUGGGGCUGAGCCCCUCCCCUCCCAUUGUUCUCAACACUGUGGCUACAUGCUCACUAUGCCAACUGGGAGAAUCCCCAGCUCACCCUCUUAACCUUGUUCCCAUUUCUAGGAACCCCUUCCCUCCCUGUCACCCGUCUCAAUGGAAAUGGACUGGUUUUGCACCUAUGAAGUCCCCAGUAGCUGUCCCAACACUGAGAAAACAAUGCUCCUGGGGCCCCCUCUCUAACCAAGUGGAGCAGCAAGAGCAAACAGAUGCUCAGAAGCUGUGCUAGGUUCAGACCCCUCGGAGCAGAGUGGCUCCUUUGUAGGAAUCUAACUGUACCUCCUAGUGUCUGCCCUCUGGUCUUCUCCCCACAACCCCAUCCCACCCUGAAUCUGGUACUGCUGUAAUGAGCCAGGUGGCAGCUAAAGUUUGGGGUGUUCUGCCCAGUCCCCUGCCCCGUCCUCCUGAGCUGGAAGGCAGGGACCCGUGUGGCUGGCCACACCAAGCAAGCAGCACGCAUUUCCCCAAGUUGACUCAUCAUAACUAACAGUCACGCUAUGGGAUGCCGCCGUCAGCAUUAAACUAACAGCAUUAACACAGCUGGUCUCUGGUUCUUUGCAUCUCAUGAAGGACUACAGACUCCUUGGAACCUCCUACCAUCCCUCCUUCAUGGCAAGUGACCAACUCAGCACCUCCAGAGCUCAACCACAUUGUGCCCCACACAAUGAGCAUGCAAUUGACUCUUACUUCACCAAAACCAGAUAAUUUAAUAAACUUUAUCCUUGCUGGGGAAAGAGGGAGGAAAAAAAGCCACCUACUCUACUCUUCUGAAUAAGUUAAAUAACACAUGGCCAAUUCCUAUGCCCUAAGCAAACCUUGGGCACUUGAGCCAGUCCCGCUGUUCCUUAUAGCCCAGUCUGCUUCCCCUUCACAGAAGGGAGUUUUUCCUACUGCUGCCAGGUUAUGUCAUGCCAUGGGCCACAUCCCCUCUGUGGCAAGGGCCCAGGGCCCAGAAAGGAUAUAGGGUGCAGCAGCAGUGGCCAGG